AAGAGUGCUUUUAAGGAGUUACAGCUUACAUCUGUGUUCAUCAUAAUCAGAGAGGUAUGUUGUUAGAAAAGAGCCUUUCCACAUCGUAAAGUCAAAUCUUAACAGGACAGCUACAGAUCAAAGCUAAAUAACUCCUGCUGCGUUUUCUUCAAAGUAUUCAGUUUGAGACAUCCCUCAUACAGUUUUUUUUUUCCCACAGCUAUCAGUUUAGAGAUCAAUCCAAUCCCACCCCAUGUUUACUGUAUGUUCUCGAGCCCCCAGAGUGCAUCAGUACAGUUCCACAUACAAUAAAAACUAACUUUUACGUGUUUUAACUUUUAAAGCUAGACAUACAGUACUGCAGGGUAAUGAAAAUCUUCUGUAGGAUUUGAAAAUCGUAAGUCGAAUAGACCUCUUGAACGGUGAUAUUUUGGAAGACAACUUUUAUUAUCUGGGAUUCAGAAUUGUCAAAAUCGGUUCUACUGUAUAUACUGUGCUCCUCGUUUCUUGCACUGAAUUCCUUUUAGUGAUUUUGGCAGCACCUGUGACCUGCAAACCGAUGCUGUAAACCCGAGUGCUCACAGUUCUUCCUUAAGGGUUUCUGCGUCUUUGCAUCCAAUGAGCUCCGCAAACAGAGAUUCAAAUGGAAGUAGAAAAUUAUAUAAAUAAAAGUGCAAUGGCAGGGAUCUCCAGGCGGAAGCAGUGAGAUCGGGAUCGUCCUUCAGCGUGGGAUUCGCAGAAGUCGGCUCUUUUUUUUUUCCACAUUGGCGAACGCGUCCGUACAGCGAAGUUGUACAGCUGGGAACACAAAGGAUGUUGGAAGGAAACCUGCCCAGCUCCUAUUCAGUCAAUAUCCCACAGUUCCAAGCGAUCCUAGCGGAUCCCAGGGCGAGAGGACGCUCUAGCGACGAGGAGUGUUCUCUCUCGCUGUCAAGGCAGUCCUGUCCUGUGGGCUCAGGGCUGGGGUCGGGGCUGUCGUCUUUAGGGCGAAGUAACUACUGGAUACCCACUCAGCAGUCACGGAUUGACGUCUCCAGCGGGGAACCGACGGGGGAAUCCUAACACGGGACUCCUCCAUCAGCGUGCGACCCAUUUUCGUACGGGGAAGAGAAGCAAGUCCUAAGGCGAGAGCUUGAACCCCUCAUCCAAGAGGACCUGUGCCAUUUUGGAUACGAGCAGCACUUCCAUCUCCUUCCUGCAAAACUUAUUUUGAUUGCGCUGUAAAUGUAUCAGAAGUCGAGAGCCCAUCAUGAAGAAAGCAAGCAGGUCUGCGGCCACUGCGCCCAAGGCUGCGGGAGGCAGUAAGGGCCCGGGCGGGGACAGAGGGCGACCCGACAGCGGCUCGGGGGGCUCCGGGGCUGUGAAGACUGCCGCCAAGGCUGCCUCUGCACCCCAACUCUCCAAGGUGAAGAGCAGCGAUGACCUGCUAGCCGGGAUGGCCGGGGGCGCCCCAGCGAGCACCGCUGCCGCCAAAGGGAAAAAGAGCAGCGCGGCUCUUUCCGCCGCCGCCAGCAACCCUGAGGGCAAGGCCAGGCCGAGCUCAGGAUCUUCAGCCAAAAGGGUGACCUCUUCAACGGCCAAGGAGGCCAGCUCCUCCCGCGACCGGCUGCGGGAGCGCUCCAGGAACGGCCCGGGGAAGAAGCUCUCGGCGGCUGCCGCGGGGGCGAAUGACGCGGCGGUGGCGGCCAAGCGUUCGCGCAGCAGAGCCCUUGCCGAGUCCGAGACCCGCAUGAGCAAGUCGAAGUCGGACAGCCAGAUUAGCGACAGGGCCGCCCUGGAGGCCAAGGUGAAGGACCUCCUGGGCCUGGCCAAGAGCAAAGACGUGGAGAUCCUUCACCUGCGGAGCGAGCUGAGGGACAUGCGGGUGCAGCUGGGACUGGGAGAGGAGACCUCGGAGGAUGGCGAGGAGGAGAAGCAGGAGGAGAAGGAAGCUGCCCCCAUCAUGGCCACGGAUGUGGAGUCAACCUUGCUGCAGCUCCAGGACCAGAACAACGCCAUCCGAGAGGAGCUCAACCAGCUGAAGAACGAGAACCGCAUGCUGAAGGACAGGCUUAAUGCCUUGGGCUUCUCCCUGGAGCAGAGGCUGGACAGCUCGGAAAAGAUCUUCAACUACCAGUCCAUGAGCCCUGAUCUGGCUGUAGGGAGUGGGCACAGUGACGGUGGGGGGACGCUGACCUCCUCGGUGGAGGGAUCUGCCCCUGGGUCCAUGGAGGACCUCCUGAGCCAGGAUGAGAACACGUUAACAGAGAACCGGCGCAGCAGCUCCAUGGACAAUUUGGACAGCGAGUCCAGUGAGGUUUACCAGCCCAUCACCUCUAGUGAUGAUGCCCUGGAUGCCCCCUCUUCUUCUUCAGAAUCUGAAGGCGCCCCCAGUCGCGAGAGGUCCCGGAAAGGGAGCAGCGGAAAUGCCAGCGAGGUGUCUGUGGCCUGUUUGACAGAACGCAUCCACCAAAUGGAGGAGAACCAGCAUAGUACCGCAGAGGAGCUUCAGGCCACCCUACAGGAGCUGGCAGACCUCCAGCAGAUCACACAGGAGCUGAAUGCAGAAAACGAGAGGCUUGGGGAGGAGAAGGUCAUCCUGAUGGACUCUUUGUGCCAACAGAGUGACAAGCUGGAGCACUACGGGCGGCAGAUCGAGUAUUUCCGCUCCCUGCUAGAUGACCACCACAUCUCAUAUGUCAUCGACGAGGACAUCAAAAGCGGACGGUACCUGGAGCUGGAGCAGCGGUACGUGGACCUGGCUGAAAACGCACGUUUUGACCGCGAGCAGCUCCUUGGUGUCCAGCAGCACCUCAGCAACACCCUGAAAAUGGCCGAACAGGACAACAAGGAGGCUCAGGAGAUGAUCGGAGCCCUUAAGGAGAGGAAUCACCACAUGGACCGCAUGGUCGAGUCCGAGAAGAAGGACCGGGCGGGUCUGGUGGCGGCCCUGGAAGAGUACAAGGCCAUGUUGAACAAUGACCAGCUGGAGCUCAACCGCUGCAGGGCCCAGCUAGAGCAGGAGAGGCAGAAAGUCGCAGAGCUGUACUCCAUCCACAACUCCGGCGACAAGAACGACAUCCGGGAGCUGCUGGAGAGCGUUCGCCUAGACAAGGAGAAGGCCGAGACCGAGGCUGCCAACCUGCAGGAGGAGCUCAGCCACAACCGCAAUGAAGCUGCACAUCUCCAGGACACCCUCGGCAAGGUGGAAGGGGAGUACCGGGAUUUUCGAGAGGAGGCGCAGAAACAGAUUGCCGAGCUCUCCAGAAGCCUAGAGAAGCAGCGAGCGGAGCUGGAGGAGAAGGAGACGGAGAUCGGAGACAUGAAGGAGACCAUCUUCGAGCUGGAGGAUGAGGUGGAACAGCACAGGGCCGUCAAGCUGCACGAUAACCUCAUCAUCUCCGACCUGGAGACUUCUGUCAAAAAACUGCAGGACCAAAAACACGAUAUGGAGCGGGAAAUUAAAAUCCUGAACCGCAGGUUACGGGAGGAAUCGGCAGAGUGGAGGCAGUUCCAGGCCGACCUCCAGACCGCGGUGGUCAUCGCCAACGACAUCAAGUCGGAGGCGCAGGAGGAGAUCGGGGACCUGAGGCGCCGGCUGCACGAGGCCCAGGAGAAGAACGAGAAGCUGGGCAAGGAGCUGGAUGAGGUCAAAAACCGCAAGCAAGACGAAGAGCGAGGCCGGGUGUACAACUACAUGAACGCUGUGGAGCGAGACCUAGCUGCCCUUCGGCAGGGGAUGGGCCUGAGUCGCCGCUCGUCCACCUCCUCCGAGCCCUCCCCCACCGUGAAGACGCUUAUCAAGUCCUUCGACAGCGCCUCGCAGGUGGGGCCCAACACUGCCGCCGCCGCCGCUGUCGCCGCCGCCACGGCCAUGCCCCGGACCCCCCUGAGCCCCAGCCCCCUGAAAACCCCACCGGCCGCAGCCGUCUCCCCCAUACAGAGACAUUCCAUAAGUGGACCCAUUUCUUCAUCUAAACCCUUGUCUUCACUUGCGGACAAGAGACCCAGCUAUGCAGAAAUCAACGUCCCAGCAGAGCAUCUACUGAGAAGCUCCUCAGCCAGCCGGCCUGCCUCUUCCCUGCAGAGGGUUCCCACCCUGGACUCCUCCAAAUCCAUCUCAGCAGUGUCGCGCAGGAGCAGCGAAGAGGUGAAGAGGGACAUGGCGGCUCCAGAGAGCGCUUCUCCAGCCUCGCUCAUGGCCAUGGGCUCGGCCUCACCCCAGCUGUCCCUGUCCUCCUGCUCCUCCCCCACGGCCUCCGUCACCCCCACUGCCCGCAGCCGCCUCCGGGAGGAGAGGAAGGACCCCCUGUCAGCACUGGCUCGGGAGUACGGCGGAUCCAAGAGGAACGCGCUGCUCAAGUGGUGCCAGAAGAAGACCGAGGGAUACCAGAAUAUUGACAUCACUAAUUUUAGCAGCAGCUGGAAUGAUGGCCUGGCAUUCUGUGCUGUUCUGCACACCUACCUUCCUGCUCACAUUCCAUACCAGGAGCUAAACAGCCAGGACAAGAGAAGAAAUUUCACGUUGGCUUUCCAGGCUGCGGAGAGUGUUGGCAUCAAGUCCACAUUGGACAUCAACGAGAUGGUGCACACGGAGCGACCCGACUGGCAGAGCGUCAUGAUCUACGUCACGGCCAUUUACAAAUACUUCGAGACCUGACCGUGCCCCACACCAAGGCCCCCGGCGAGUUCGCUACCCGACACACAGGCAGCAGCAGCCCACAGCACAGCAGCAUUGUCAUCCCCCAGCCGACGCCCGAGCGUGGAGCCCCGCUCUGCAGAGCCGAGAGGGACUUAAGGCGGAGAUGCUUCUCAUUCACUCUCAGCGCUCAAAUCCUGAUGCCCCUCGUCUGAGCAUGUUAAUCAGGGUAAUCAGGAAGACUCCUUAUCAAGAACUCUGGGACUGAGCUUUAACAGAGGAGAAAAGUGCCAUUUGGGAUUUUUGCGGUAGCGUUCCAGCAAUCACGCAGUGCACCUUCUCAGUGCAGCUAUGCUCUGAUCUUCUCGAUUAGCCAGGAAGGCAGGAAAAAACACAAGUCCCCCUUGUAGCACCAGAAGGAACAGCAGUCACUGUCCCUUUGUCAGGCAAACAGCUGUCCGUAAGGUCGACUCCACAUUUGUCUCGUCUUCUGUUCUUCAGCUGCCACUUAAAAAACUGUCUCAGCGCUGUUGUCUUUCUGACAUUGACAAUGUAAUACUUGUCUCAAACAAAGAAAAGCACAGACUUUGACCACACUCAACCAAUAAAAAAUGAUUGUAACAGGAAAAACUAAGCAGUACCUGUGUUUAGACAGACAAUGGAGCUUCUUUGUCCAGUAUAUUUUUAUAAGGAUAAGCCCCAACAAUAAAUAUUUGGAUUUUCUUUCACAGACUAUUGCACAUUGUGAGCCCUGUACGUGUUCAGGUAAAUUGUGGCUAGAUAUUUGCUUUCCCCCUCAACAUAAAGCUUACAUUUCUGCAGCUUGCACUCCUGUGAUACUCUUGAUGAGUUGCUAUUGUUGAUAAACUCAUUAAGACCGUUUUUUCUUAGUUUGUGAAAGUCAAAAUCCCACCUUUGUGCCUUUUUAAGAGAGAGAACUCUGCAUUGAAACCAUAUUCUCACAUCUGGAACCCAAAGCUCUUGGAGUUGUUCAGUGAUAUAUUUUUGUUUGCUUUCACCAGUGGAAUUUAUUAGCCACUAAUAUUGUCCACUCCAGUCAGUUGUCACCUCAUACCCUGAGAGGAUGAAGUGGUGUCAGAUGUAGUAGGUAUUAGACGGCUAACCCACGCACACAUUCUUGAUUUUUUUUUAAAACAAAGUUUAUUUAUCAUCCGUUGUCAGAACAUUCAGGUAUUACCUUUUAAAAUUGAAUCUACAUUAGUCACCUGACAGCUUCAGAUUUUCUUCUGGCAGUGCUUUAGCUGAAUCGUGUGGAUCGGUCUUUCUCUUGCUACACCUUCAGCUGCUGACCGACCUAGUUUAUGAAAGGGUAUAUUUAACCGUGAGUGCAACACCGCAUGACCACAGAGACGCUUGCUUGUGCUUGCAUGACUGCCUUAUUUUCACAUGCAGAUGUUUCCUGGAACUUCUUGCUUUUGUUUCCGGUUCUUGUGUAACUUGCUUGUCAGCUGUCAGGGAGCAGUACAGUCUGCCAUACUGUCAUUUGUGAUUAUGCAUAUCACCUGAGGGAAACAUUGUCCAGAGGUAGUUGGCAUUACUCGUACCUGGAAGCUUUACAUUGUUGUAGAUUUGAAUAUCUCUGCAUAUUUAUUGACAAAUUCUUGUUUCACAGAUUUCAAGAACUAUAGACUAGUCAUUUAUUCUUAAAUUGUUAGUGAUUGUCAUUACGUUAGGCAGCAUUAAAAAAGAAUGGAUUCCUGUAGGAAAGAUUUUUGUUAACUGAGAAGCUACUGUACCGUCUUACUGUGGAUGGAUACAGUAACACAGAUAAACUGCGUCUACUGUCUAAAGAACUAAAAUGAGGAGCCAUGUUGCUUUAAUAAAACAUUACUUUUAAUAAUAAUAACAUAAUUCUUGCAACAACUGAAAAAACAAAGAAUCUUUUAUUCAGAACAAACAUGAUUUUUUUAAGAGUUCAGUGAUGAAAAAGCACAGAGAAGAGUUUCCUUUAUUUUGACUUCAGUUCAGAUUUUUCAUAACCCCAUGUCUUCAGAAGGCGUCCUGGUGACUUGAGACAAGUUUCUGUGCUGCUGCUUCUGUUUUUUGUGUAGCUACAGAUAAAAAUAGAUCACUUUCUGCAAUGUAGAGUGUGUAUAAAAGUGUGUGCUCUUUCACUUUUUUGACACCACUUUGUCCCUGUUUGAAGUGUUUUGAAAAUGCUUGCUUCAAAGAAAAAGAGCCGUCAAAUUUUCAGACAGCUCUUGCUUAAAUAAACAGUGAUCACGUUCCCAUUAUCUACAGAAUUAAGAAAACAAUACCAUAAAAAAGACUUAUUGAUGCUGGUAGUUAUGAUUUAACUGGAAUUGCUCCUUUGAGAGUACUAAUUUUUAAAGGUUAAAGAGUGGCAGCCACUGAACUGUUUCUUACCGUCAUUAUUAGAUUAAAUAUCUUCCUCGCUAGUUUGCAAUCUACAGUAUCUUCUAUCUAAUAUGAAACAGUGUUGGGGGAAAUGGAAAAAGAAAAACGAAUGACUAUUUUAUUUCAUGGAGUUCCCAUAGGUUUUGACUGAGCCUUGGCUGGUUUUAUUUAGAGUUCAGAUUUCUGUUGUAUUUCUAAAAUGGCGCAGUUUCAGCUGACAAAAUGUGCAGCUGUUUCUUGCCACUUGUGUGACACUACGAAUUGUCUGCCCUUUCCUGGGUGCCAGAAUAUAAGCUACCCCUUGCUGGCUCUCUGUUUUUGGGGGGGACACAUCUGGGCUAGAAGAGUUACACUCACGGAUAAUUAUCAGUGUGCCUGUGGGAAUGCUGUACCAUCCAGGACUUCUGCCCACUAAGUCUUCCUCUGUUGCACCUCUCUUGCUGAAAUUUAGAUUAAAUGAUUGUACUGAUUUUGGAAGAAAUGUUGCUGAUGCUGAACUUGAUUUUUUUCCCCUUCUAGCUUUAAGAGUUUGUCUUCCUUAUGUAGUAUACUGUAUGAUACAUUUUAUGAUUCCUAUUUUUCUUAACAGUAGGCAGCUUACAAUACCAGUGGAUGUGUAUCCUGUCAAAAUCCUAGUUUGUUUUUUUAUCCAGCACAUCUAGCAUUUGCACCCAUCUAUACAUCUGGGGAUUGUACUGGAGGGGCACAGGUGAAGCACCUUCUUCACUGGUAGAGUAGGAGUGUCUCACCUGGGAGUUGAACCCACAACCUUCCAGUUACAAGUUUGGAACCCUAACCACUGCUCCACACUACCACUCCCGUCCUCUCUGGUAAUGGCUAGCCUAGUGCUUCUCUGGUAGUAAAACGAAUGAGACUUUUUUAGUUUAGGAAGCACAUAUUUAUUCUAGGUAUCUUAUGUAGAUUUCCAUAUUCUCAGGAAGGUUAGCAUUAUAUUAAUAAGAUAUGUUUCCAGCAGAUGUCAUUUACUGUACAAUAUCUAGCAUUAAGCAGAUGUCUGUCUGAGAGAAGAAGGCUGCUCCUUUCUAUAUCUGGCUGCAUCUGAGAAGAAGAGGAAAUACCUGAACACAGCUGUGAUUUCUGUUGUUCUGGUUUAUGGCAAUGCUUUGAACAUCCUCCUUGAAGGAGGCAGCAUAACUGGUAGGAGAAGUGGCUUGCAGUGAGAUAAAAUGUUGGAACCGCCAGUGACUGUUCCAACAUUUUAUCUCUGAUUUAUUUAACACAAAUCCCCACUGUACUUUACAUUGUUAUAUACAUUUGCAUUAGAAUAAUUACCUCCAGCAGUGGUCCAGGAGAAACCCCAGUCCUGUAGGUUUUAAAAAAAUCUUCAUUCAGGGACUGAGUGAAGUCGGAAACUUGUUGAGUUAGUAGUUUUUGAGAAUCAUGGCUGGAAACCUCUGAAAAUAAGACACAAAUAUUGAGGGCUGGAUGCAUAAAAGUGUUAGCACAGUGUUCAUUUUAUGCACUAAGGUGUUAAAGAAAAAAUAAAAUGAUCAUUUUUACAGGUGACAGAAUGGUUCAAGAGUGCAUUUGAAAAGAAUAAGGAAUUUGAGAUUAUGAUAAAACCAGCUUUAGCCAGAUUUCAUUUUGUGGAUCCAAACCAAAGUACAGUACAGUAUUUACACACUGUAUUAAUUAAACCUUAUACCACCAUGUCAAGGUGAAAACCUGUUCUAUAUUUAUUUCCCAAAAUGAAAAUAGAGAUUUAUUUUAAUAGGAACUUUAAACAUUCCCCAUUUGACUUUAUAUUGCAAACAUUUCAAUUUUUUUUAAUGAAUUAUACUAAUGCAAAUGUAUUGAUAUCAUCUAUAGCAUCAGAAAACUUUGAGUGCCUUAAAAUGCAUUAUGAAGGUGGCCCUAAACAUUUUUUUGUCCAGGAAUAGCAAAUGAAUGUUCCACUAUUCAUGUAAGACUGUUCUGGGGUUAGCUGAAGGAAGUGGAGCGGUUUGGGAUUUCAGAAUAAUUCAGUACAUGCCCUCCUUGACAUCUUAGUAAUUAUUGAAAGGGCCUUUAGCAGUAGAUUUUGGGCAGGUGUAUUUGUUUUUUCUGCCCCAGUGUUAUACACAGCUUUCUCUGUGUGCUUUCUCUUUGAUCUGAAGGGUAAUCCCAUACUUGCGCAAGCCCACUUGAAGAAUGUACUGUUGGAGGUGCACCCAAUUGAGACCAACCUCGUAGCAAAUGUGUGUAAAUGACAGACCUGGGUUUGCAAGCUAGUGCUACUUUUCAUCUGUGUGGCUCUCCAAUGUACAUACAGUAGUCCUGGAUUUUCACUCCCAGAGCAAAAUCAAGAGGGUUUGGUGCUCUGUCAAUAAUCUCCUGUAACAACAGAAACAGGUAACCACCAAAAUUGAAAGCUGCAAAAUUGGAAGUGUAGAAUGUUAGUUUCUCAUGUUCAGUAUAUUGUAUUGAAUGUGUAAAGAUAAGACUGUUUUCAUUGUCUGAGUGUCUAUGUUAAGUUGUGCCUUCCAGGCAUUGGUAUGACAGUAAUUAUUAGAAUGUUUAAGUUAUGUAUCGCUUUUUUAAACCUGUGGCAAACCCAUCUAUAAUUCUGUUCUUGCCUUUGUAUUCAGCUGAUACAAACCGCUAAGAAUCAUUCAACACUU